GGGCUCCCAGCAAUCAUGUUCCCCCCCCCCAAGCACACAUUUUGGGGGUGUUUGUUCUUAAAGCUUUUGACUAGCGGAGAAUCUGUCUCUUGCAGAUGCCAGCGGUGGGUAGAGAACUGCCGACGGGCCGACCUGGAAGAUAAGACGCCGGACCAACUGAACAAGCAUUACAGGCUGUGUGCGAAACAUUUUGAGACCUCCAUGAUAUGCAGAAGUAGCCCGUACAGGACCGUUUUACGAGACAACGCGGUGCCAACGAUCUUUGACCUCACGAGCCAUUUGAACAACCCUCACAGCAGACACAGGAAAAGGAUUAAAGAGCUGAGUGAAGAAGAAAUAAGAAUGCUGAAGCAGCAAAAAAUCGACGAAGCUUUCGAACAGGAGAAAAUGCACCCAGAAUCGGUGGACAACGACCUCCCGAAUCCAGCCUCCGAGGAAGGUGGAGACGAGCCGGCAGACGACGAGGUCCCUUUGACGCAAGAGGAGAGGGAAAACAAAGACUACCUGAAAUCUUUAUUUGAAAUUUUAAUCCUGAUGGGGAAACAGAACAUUCCUUUGGACGGCCACAGGGCCGACGAGCUUCCCGAAGGCAUCUUCACGCCGGACAACUUCCAGUCUCUCCUGGAAUUCAGGAUCAAUUCCGGAGACGAGGUUUUGCGGAAGCGGUUUGAGACCAUGGCCGUGAACCUGGCGUAUUGCUCGAAGGCGCAGCAGAAGCAGAUGCUGGAGAUCUGCGAAACCUGCGUGCGGGAAGAGACCCUCCGGGAAGUCCGGGAUUCCCACUUCUUCUCCAUCGUCACGGAAGAAUUGGUGGAUCUCGCGGGCGAGGAACAUUUGCCGGUGCUGGUGAGGUUCGUGGAUGAGUGUCACAACCUCAGAGAAGAUUUCGUCGGGUUCUUACCCUACGAAGGAGACCCGGAAGUCCUGGCCGUGAAGUUUCAUACCACCAUCACUGAGAAAUGGGGCUUGAACAUGGAGUAUUGCCGAGGCCAGGCCUACGUCGUCUCCAGCGGCUUUGCUUCCAAAAUGAAGACGGUGGCCACCAGGAUCUUAGAAAAAUAUCCACAAGCGGUGUAUACGUUGUCGGCUUCCUGUGCCUUAAAUAUAUGGCUCGCUAAAUCCAUUCCGGUUCUGGGCGUCUCUUUAGCUCUCGGGACCAUUGAGGAAGUUUGCUCGUUCUUCCAGCACUCCCCCCAGUUGCUGUCAGAUCUGGACAGUGUCAUCUCUCUUCUCUUCCAGAACAGCGAGGAGAAAGGGAAGGAGUUGAAAGAAAUCGUCCGCUCCCAGUGGACCUCCCGGCAUGAUACUUUUGAGAUUGCGGCGGACCUCCUCCAGGCCUUCGUGUUAUGCCUGGACAGCAUCAACGACACCUCGGUGAGGUGGAACAGCUCCGUGGCUGGCCAGGCCUACAUACUUUCCACCGUGCUGGCAAGUUUCGACUUCGUCGUCACUGUGGUGAUCAUCAAGAACAUCCUCUCCUUCACGCGGGCCUUCGGGAAGAACCUCCAGGGCCAAACGUCGGACGUCUUCUUCGCCGCCAGCAGCUUAACGGCCGUGUUGCAUUCCUUGAACGAGGUGAUGGACAACAUUGAGGUCUACCACGAGUUCUGGUUCGAGGAGGCCACGAACCUGGCCAUGAAGCUGGACCUCCCCGUGAAACUCCCUGGGAAAUUUUGCCGAGCCCAGCAAGGCAACACGGACUCCGAAAUAACGCCGGAAAACUAUUACAAGGAAGCCCUUAGCAUCCCCACCGUGGAGCACAUCAUUCAGGAACUGAAAGACAUAUUCUCGGAGCAGCACGUGAGAGCGUUGAAGUGCUUGUCUUUAGUGCCCUCGGUCAUGGGGCAGCUGAAAUUUAAUACCUCCGAGGAGCAUCACGCCGAUAUGUACAAAAACGACCUCACCAACCCCGACACCCUUUCGGCCGAACUUCAUUGCUGGCGAAUCAAGUGGAAGCACCGGGGGAAGGACAUUGAGCUCCCCACCACCAUUUACGAGACGCUUCAUUUGCCCGACAUCAAGUUUUUCCCCAACGUCUACGCCUUGCUUAAGGUGCUGUGCAUCCUUCCCGUGAUGAAGGUGGAGAACGAGAAGUUUGAGGUCGGCCGACGGCGCUUGAAGGCCUACCUGAAGAACACGUUGACCGAGCAGAGGUCAAGCAACCUGGCCUUGCUCAACAUCAACUUUGAUAUCAAGCAUGACUUGGAUUUAAUGGUGGACACCUACAUCAAACUCUACCCGGAGAAAGCCGAGUAUCCGGACGACUUCCCUCCUUCUAAUACUUCCGAAGCGACGGAAGGGACUUAGCAGAAUGGAGAGGGAAGAGCAAACAGACACUUCUCCGUUCUGGGUCCUUUGCUUUUCCUUUUUUUAAAAAAAAGGGUGAGGUGCUCCAAACUUAGAGGCAUAAUUAAUCGGUGCAAACAUUCUUCCAUUUCAGGCCUGUGUCUUUCAACGGGGCAUGAGCUGUUGACCCCCCCCCAGCUCAGUUUUCUUAAAUCGGAUCAGUUCCGAUUUAUUUUUUUCUCUCUCUCUCCUUCCUAUCAUCUCAUCCAAUGAAAUAAAAAAUUGAUUUUGUCCCUUUGAGAAGAUGAAAUCAACUGUGGCCACCAAUAUUUGUCGGCACUGCCCUAUCUGUGCUCCACAACCGGCAAAGACUUAUUUUUUGAAAGGUAGCAGAAAAACAAAACACAACGGGUUGGUUGUUUCUGCUUUCUGAUUAUAAUGUUCUCUCAUGCAGGAAAACCUUUUGUAAACCUUACGGAUUUAUGUGAAUGACUGGAAUUAUUUUGAAGGUUGACCUAAGCCGUGCACUGAGUUGUAUAUUUGUCGGUCAGGAGCCAAGCUUGAAAAAGUUAACAUUUUUCGACUAUAAUUCUCAGAACCCUACCAGGGUGGAUUUGAUUUAAACCAAGUUGAUUUAAAUCACAAUUUAAAUCAGGAUUUAAGUUUUUUUU